CGCAACUGCACCGCGCUGACAAUGAGACUUCAAACUAAGUUAUAGGAAUAAUUACCGUAAUGUGCAAUUGUGAAGUGAACCAGUGAUUUUUAUAUUGCAUUGCACAUAAUUUUUUAUUUUAGAGAGAAUGAAGGAAAAUAUAAAAACGGAGAAAGACCACAAAGAAUUACAAGGUCCUCCGAUGUCUCUUGCGGAAACGGUGACAAAUAGUCGUCGUUUUACAAGAAUACGAAUAUGUUUAUGGCCGACAAUUUUAAUUAUAUUAGGUUUAAUUGCAAUCCUUGUAGCUAUAAGGAUAUUACUAUUAAAUACAGGUAAUGUGACUACAACUGAAAUAGUUUCAGUUAAAUGGAUAAGUCAAUCAAAUAAGAUUUCAAAUCAAACAAUACAACAACAUAAUGGUAGAGUAUUUUAUCGAUACCAUAAUGAAACAACUAAAAUAAAUCAGAAAAGAAAAAAGAGAAAUCUUGCAUCUAUAUAUAACACAUCAAGUAACACUUCAGAGGAAGCUGAUAGAUAUAAAUAUAUAGACAUACAUAAAGCUAGAGAAAUUGUAACAAACUACGAUGUAAAAUGCACCGAAGAAAAUAAAAAUGAAAUUUGCAAAAACCUCGUUACAAAACUAAAAUUGCUUGCUGGCAGUAAUAAACAAAAAAAAGAAAAAAUAAAUGAUAUAACUAAAGCACAACCUUAUAAAGGAAUAAACAGUGAAGAUAAUAAAUAUAAAGAAAAUAUGAAUAUUAAUAACGUAUCUGAGAAAUUAAAACAUAAUGAAUACUUUAAUAAACCGACAGAUAUAUCGAAACGAGAAACACGUCCCAUGGAUGGUCUUCCUGAUAUAUCAAAUGUUAAUGUGGAUCUAACUUAUAUGAAUAAAGACAGACAGCCUUAUAUACAUCCAUAUCAAGUAAAUGCAGUGCCUCAAUCAAACUAUCCUCCACAAGUACCUUUGACAGAGUCUUGUUUAUUAGCUCGCCUCUUAAAAGAAAACUAUCCUUAUUUGCAAGGUUUAUACGGUUCACCUGAAGGUUAUAUACCACCACAAUAUGGACACCCUGCUCAAUUAUAUCAUAGUUAUCCACCACCAGUUUCACCUAAUAUUUAUCAUAAGAGCCGUGAAGUGGAAAUUCAUAGACAAAAUGUUCACCCCCAAGACGUCGAUAUCUUUAUGAAAUAUUUUAACCCUAAAAAUAAAUCAGAUUCAGUGAAAUUAUCAUCAGUUCCCUCCACUCGCGAAGCACGAUGUCCUAUCAGAUUAAUGUCGUGUGACAAUGGAGAUGAUUGUGUUACUGAAAAACAAUGGUGUGAUGGAAAUGUAGAUUGUCCGGAUGUUAGCGAUGAAGCAAGAUGUAGUUGUAUUUUCAGAGUAGAUAGGUCUAGAAUCUGUGAUGGAUAUUUAGAUUGCCCAUAUGGAGAAGAUGAAAUGGGAUGCUAUGGUUGCAGUGAAAAUACGUUUAGUUGUGAAGAUGUUGACAUUAACUCACAAAGUUCUUGUUUUACAAAAGAUCAAAGAUGUAAUAAUAUUAUAGAUUGCCCUAAUCGUCGAGAUGAACUAGACUGUAAUAGUCUUUCACCUAGUUUACACCAAAAACCGGUAUUUGCAAUAUCAAACACAGAAGGAUUUUUACACAGGAAUUUUAAGGGAAACUGGUACGCUGUGUGUAAAAAUCCCUAUAUGUGGGCACACGAUGCAUGCCGUCGUGAAACAGGACUUGUGAUUAGGCCUCCUUUUAUACAGAUUGUGCCAAUCGAUCCGUUAUUAAAAGUUAACUACUUGAAUACAAAUCCUGACGGCUUUAUACAUACAAGCGAAACAUGUUUCAAUUCAUCUGCUAUUUAUGUGACCUGUCCCGACCUUCUAUGCGGAACGAGAAUGUUAACAAAUUCACAGUUAAUAAAAGAAAACGUUGCUGCAGAAAAUCAUCUUUUUGGUCGAAAUAAACGAUUUCUUUUGAAAACUCAUCCUUACGUUUUCUAUAAAAAUCCAUCAAAAGGCCACUUAAGAAAUCAUACUAACCUGGAAAAUAAAAACAACUUUCCAAUUUUUGAUUAUAACAGAAGUGAAAAGGAAAAUAAACUUAAUAACAUUAGGAAAAAAAGAGCUCAGAGUAGGGUGGUAGGUGGUAGACCUAGUCAACCCACUGCUUGGCCUUGGAUGGCAGCAAUGUACAGAAAUGGAAUGUUUCAUUGUGGUGGAGUUAUUAUAACUGAAAAAUGGAUCAUGUCAGCUGCUCAUUGUGUUCAUGAAUUUUGGAACCAUUACUUUGAGAUACAAGUAGGUAUGCUAAGGCGAUUUUCUUUUUCACCCCAAGAACAAAAUCAUCGCAUCACUAAAAUCAUAGUUAAUCAACAUUACAGUCAAAUGGAUAUGAAAAACGAUCUGUCUUUGUUAAUGGUGGAAACGACUAUUAAAUUCAGCAGAUGGGUUAGGCCAGUCUGCUUGCCUGGGCCAGAUACGGCUGGUGCUGAAUGGCUUUGGGGCCCACCACCAGGAAUUGUAUGCACUGCUGUUGGCUGGGGUGCAACUAUAGAACAUGGACCGGAUCCUGAUCAUAUGCGAGAAGUAGAAGUACCAAUUUGGAAUAAUUGUAAACACUCAGAAGAUAGAGCUGGUAGAGAAAUUUGUGCUGGUCCAGUUGAAGGUGGAAAAGACGCUUGUCAAGGAGACAGCGGUGGACCACUCCUAUGUAGAAAUCCUUUAAAUUCACAACAGUGGUAUGUAGCUGGAAUAGUAAGUCACGGUGACGGCUGUGCGCGCAAAGAUGAACCUGGCGUUUACACCAGAGUUAGUAUGUUCAUUAAAUGGAUUAGAAGUAAUACUUUAUCAACUUCUUUACCUGCAAUUCAACCAAAACAAGAGUGUCCAGGGUAUAGAUGCAAAUCUGGAAUUUUGAAAUGUCUUCCUAAUAAAAGAGUUUGCGAUAAAAUUGUUGAUUGCCUUAAUGGAGACGAUGAAAUUAAUUGUAAAGAAACCCGAGCUUUCGAAAACAUAUUUUUCAGCAGAAUGACUGUUAAUGAAAAUAUAAUAGAUACUAAUGAUGAAGUAGAAAAGGGUGAAAGUCUAUUCCAUACGAAGGAAAGUAAAAAACAUGACAAAAAUCGUGAAGCAAAUCCAUCUUUUUUAGAGGCAUCAACAUUGGAAAUGUCGAUUUCUAAAACCUCAGAAAAUUUUGAGAGUUCUGAAGAGCAAAUAACUAUGAAUCCUGAAAAAAUUACAUUUAGGGAAAUUGAAAGUACUAAUAGAGGAGAUAUAACGACAUUUAGUACUACAUCUUCUGAUGAAUCUUUAGAAUCAAUUGCUACAGUUUUAGAUGAAGAAGUAAAUAAAGAAGAUUUUACUACAAGUACUCCGCAAAACGAAUUAUCCACUAAUAUGGUUAUGGUUACAACCGUUUCUGAAAAAAAUGAUCAAUUAAAACAUGAUAUGAAUACAAACAUACAUAAAAUGGAAGUAAACAAAUCAGAUAUUACCUUAACAGAUAAAAAUAAGCCAAACACAAAAAUUACAGAAAUCGACGCAUUACAUCAUCAUCAUCACCACAAUACAAAAGACGAUGAAUUGGAAUCAGAAUCUUUAAUAGUAGAACUUCUCCCAAAUUUGACUCACGCACAGUCAUUACAUGAAAUUUCCGAUAGAGAAUUACAAAAAAAUAAAGAUUUAGAAUUUUCAGAAAAGAACAUUACGAUUCAUUCGAAUACGUCAAAAACUCUUCCUAAUCUCAAUCAACAUACUAAUAUUAGUAAUAAGAUUGAAGGUUUGGCUUUGUCCGAAAUCCAUCCAGCGAAAGUAAGAAAAAAGCACCUUAUUCCUGAAGAAUUUGAAUGUCGUCACAUAAAUCAAAUUAUACCAUACCAUUACCGUUGUGAUCAAAAAGCAGAUUGUGAGGAUGGUACAGAUGAAUUUGAUUGCUCUUGCAUAGAUUAUAUUUCCACGUUUGAUAAAAAACUUCUUUGUGAUGGAGUUUUUGAUUGUGCUGAUGGCCAAGAUGAAAUCGAUUGUUAUAGUUGCGCUGAUAAUCGAUUUUUAUGUAGACAAAGUAAAAUUUGUUUACCCAUAAAGAAUGUAUGUGAUGGCAAAUCACAAUGUCCUCAAGGCGAAGACGAAUUAGAUUGCUUCGCUCUUUCGAAUGGAAAAUAUUUAUCAUAUGAAUUUGAUGACAGACCUAAAAUUAGUUUGGAAGGUUUUUUGACAAAGAAACAUAAUAACGACUGGCAUAUUGUUUGUGAAGAUAAUUUAUCAAAUGAACAACAAGAACAAGCAGCAACACAUAUAUGUAGAUACUUAGGAUUCAGCUCUGCAAAUAGAUUUUAUGUAAAAAAUGUUAACCUUAAAAACAAUGAACAUUUAAAUUACAAAUUGGCAUCUGGUAAACGAACUAAAAGAGAACUCAAAGAUGUGCCCGUUCAUUUUGCAUAUAAAGCUGCUAAUAAUAACGAACAUAACGUUGCCAGACAUAUUGUUAUCGAUGAACCACAAUUAAUUAAAGAAGAGUGUAUACCUAAUGUGACAAGAACCUGCAUGGCUAUAUACGUAUAUUGUGAUUAUUCUUUAUACAACCAUGAGGUAGUCCAAAACCUUUACAGAGAAGUGGAUUCAUCUACAGUUCAAACUUGGCCAUGGGUAGCCAAAGUUUAUGUAGAUGGAUUUUAUAAAUGUUCUGGGGUAUUGGUAGACACCUUAUUGGUUUUAGUGAGUCAUUCCUGCCUUUGGGAUUCAUUAUUAGAACAACAGCAUAUUUCAGUUAUACUUGGAUCCCAUAGAACUUUAAAUGCAACGAAUGGGCCAUAUGAACAAAUAUAUGAAGUGAUCUCAAAAACGGAACUCUAUCGUAGCAAAGUAAUUCUAUUAAAAAUAAAAGAGCCAGCAUUUUACUCGACUAUGGUAAAACCUAUGAUUGUUACAUCAGCUAAUAUCCAAGACGAAGAUAAUCAUAUUUGUGUAACAAUCGGUCAAGACGAGAAUAAUUCAACAGUCAGUGUAUUCUUAAGAGAAACAAAAGAAAAUUGCAAUUCUCACAAUAGAUGUUUCGUUCGGUUAUCUAAGUCUAGCAUUUGCCCUGCAGGUAUGAAUUCUCAUCAGCAAUGGGCUGGCAUAAUAAGUUGCCACACAGAACAAGGCUGGUAUCCUGCUGCAUCAUUUGUUGACAGCAGAGGGGAAUGCGGUCUUGGAGAGCAUAUUAAUGCAAAUAGUAUAGAAAAUAUAAAAGCAGAAAUAAAACAUUUUGGUAAUAAAGAUUUGUACGAGCCCAAUAAACAGAUAGUCGAGAAAACAUGUGACGGCGUAAGGUGCAGCCGUGGACGUUGUAUAAAAAUGCUUCACGUGUGUAAUGGAGUGAAGGACUGUGAAGAUGGGCAAGAUGAGUCUGAACAGGCGUGUGGAAAAAAAACGCAGAUAUGUCAAAACGACCCUCAUCAUAGGGGAUGUGAAUGUUCUUCGGGUCAACUGAGAUGCCAUAACGGCAAAUGUAUUCCUAAACAAUUAUUCAAUGAUGGUCGUGAUGAUUGCGGUGAUCGAACCGACGAGCCCGAGCAUGUUAUCUGUUCCGGCUACUUAGCUAGAGUUAUGCCUUCUGGAUUAUGCGAUGGCAUCCUUCACUGCGAAGACAGGAGUGACGAAGAUCCUAUGUUCUGUAAAUGCUAUGCUAAAAGGACAUACCAAUGUGGUAAAAUAAGUGAAGUAGACCAUUGUGUGGCUCCAGACAUGGUGUGUGAUGGUGUGCGAGAUUGUCCUAAUGGCGAAGAUGAAUCAACUUGUAUCGGUUUACAUGGACCAUUUGGAACACCAUACGGCACAGGGCAAGUUAUUAUUCGAUCCCACGGAGUAUGGCGUACAAAAUGUUACCCGACACAAAACCAUACAAAAUCAGAACUGGAAGCAAUUUGUAAAGAAUUAGGUUUUAUAAGUGGUCAUGCAAAAGAAGUUGAACCCAUCGACAAACUUACUCCAUAUCCACAUAACAGCAUUUCAGUAGAUCCCUUUAGUACCAUAGUGCUAAAUAAUAAUACGAAAUUAAAAUUAAGGAAUACACAAGAGCCAUUAGCAAAAGGUCUUUAUGAUGGGAAAUUAGAAAAUUGUCAUCCAGUUUUUAUAGAAUGCCUCUAGUAAAGUAAAAUACGAUUAAUUUAUAUCUAUAUAUGAAUAUAUAUAAAAAUUGAAGAAAUCUAACAGCAAACUUGUUGUAUUUCAUUGUUAUUCUAAUUUAAAUGUAUGUUUUUUUAUUUAUUUCAUUAAUAAAUUAUUGUAUUUUUAAAUAAA